GGAUGACACACUUGCCUCUUGCUCAACUACUAUCAAUAAAAAUAAAAAAUGUCAUCGACACCAAGAUCAGACAGACCACACGGUGCAGCUAUACGUCGUCGCACAGACAAGAAUUCUCAGGUAGGAAAACCAAACUCUGCAAGAGCUGCAGGUGCUGGCGGUUCAUCGAGCACGAUGUUGAAGCUUUACACGGAUGAUUCACCUGGUUUAAAGGUUGACCCAUUCGUUAUCGUUGUAUUGUCCUUGGCUUUCAUCGCUUCAAUCUUCUUUUUGCACAUCUCAGCAAAGGUCAUCAAAGCAUUCACAAAGUAAACUUUACAAUCA